AUGCCGUUCAAGGAUGAGAACGUCAAGAGGCAACGACAGAAACAGCUCAAGACUGUUGAGCGGGCCCAGACAAAGGAGCUGUUGCAUGCCCUGGACAUGCUGGUUCCCUUCAGAGAGCGCAACGAUCGCGCCCUCAACGGAGUUUUGAAGUCAAAACGGAGCAACUUGCACCUCCUUGAGGACCUAAGGGAGGCAUUGAAAUCAGCGCAGGAGAGCACUAGGGGGGUUCGUGCAUUCCGGAUACCCGCAGGGCUGCUGAGGGAGGGGAUGCUGAGUAGUCGAUCAGAGAGACUGGUGGUUGUAGAGAUGCCUGGCUGGAGGGUCGUGGACGUGAGUUGCAAGAUGCAGGCGGACUUUGAUAGCGGUCUGAUGUUCGGACAAGUGCGAGGACAGUGUCUCCUGCACUUCAUCGACGAGAGGGACAGACACAAGCUGCACGAGCUGUCGAGGCACGCGAAUGGGAGACGGAGGAGCAAGAAGGCAGUAGAAAUGGGAGUGAAGAUGCGAUUCUUCUCCCCCAACAGCAUAGUCCACAGAGCCUGUACGCUCAAGAUGUGGCAGGACGGAAGGGAUGGGAAGAUGGUGGUGUGGGUAGAGGGGAGCUCGGCUGUGAUUGAGGCUGAGGACUGGCACUCAAGGGACUUGACGAGCCUUCGCGGAGUCUUGCACUUCGACAGCGAGCUGUCAAGAUCGACACCUUGGCACAUUGACAGGGCGAUGAGAUUCCUUGUGAAGAGUCACACGGGGCUUCUGACGCGGCUGGUGCCGGUGCUCGAGAGCUCAGACAGCAGCUCUUCGGUGCUGGAGAAGAUGGCCAAGUACACGGGAAGCACUUUAGACAACUUGACAAGCGCCCUUGGGAGGAUGGUCAUGCUGCACGCCGAAGUCCACCUGACCAUCGAGCUGGAUCAUCACACGCACCUCCCUGUCGCGCACGUGCAUGCAAGGAUCCGACUGCCGCACGUGAGGACGCGGGAGCUGUCUUGUCCGAUCCCCCUGGAUGAGCCGUCGGUGCUGCAGGUGUUGGGAGCGUUCCGCACCCCUUGGAAGAAGCUGCUGCGCGCUUCGACUCAGGAUGACUUUGGGCCCUCGUUGUGCGACGCGAGUCAGAUAGUGCGAUUCAUCCCGAGCGUUGACGAGGAGACGAACGAGUUCUGCUUCCUGGCCUACUUCAUUCGGCGAGAAGAUAUGGUAUGUUUUCAUUCCAGGAAGUUGCAGUUCAACGACAAGAGGAUGGAGCAAUCAGGGCAGGUGUUCGCCGACGCUUGGGAGGCGCCCUACAGCUUCUCGUACACCAUGUCUCGGACAGGGGAGGAGGCUGAUCGGGUUCUGCUUGCUCAACUCGCAGAGGAGUCGGGGGAUCAUACAGAUUGGAUGUAG